UUAUGAAACGGAGGGAGUAACAUAUUUGGUUUUUCUAAAUCACAGGGACACCUUUUUAAAUCCACCUUUGACAUACUAUUAAGUUUAACUAGUUUUAUUUUGACGAGAUUCAGUUUAACUAGUUAUUAAAUAUUAUUGAAGGUCAAAUGUGUAUUAUUGAAAAAUUAUAUAAUUAUAUGAAUUAAUGCUUUUCACGUUUUACUAGUAACUGUAGAAAGUUGAUAAAGACAGCAAGCAAUGUUUACGAUAGGAAUAAAUUAAAAAAGACUAAUUAUGCAAUUAAAAAAACAAGCAAGUAUAAAGUGGAAAACAUGUAAAAAUGAACAAACCGAGUAAACCCACCAAUUAAGAGACCUUCCUAGAAACCUCAUCACAAAAUUCUGGUAAUUGUUAGCUAAACAUUUUACAGAUGGCAGUCAAUAAAUGGAUGAUAUUUAACUAACUCAUCUAAUAUAUAAAUUGCUUAUUCUUGACUUAGCUUAUAAAACAUCUCCCCCUACAAUAAAAGGGACUUAAUUCACACCCUUUUUAUUUCUUUUUUUCAAACUACUACUAAACUUUUUUUAACAACCAUGGUUGUGUCUAAACCUGAAAAGAUGGUAGCCAUGGCCUUAGAUCACAACCUUAGUCUCGAAAACGGCACGAAACCCGAGGAUGAUCAUCGAGGCUUGAUAAUCGAAGAAGUCGAAGGGCUAAUCAAGUUGUAUGAAAAUGGUUGUGUAGAGAGAUCACUUAAAGUUAUGCCUUGUGUUUCUCCGUUCUUGGCUCAAGAUAUUGAAGUCAACGCUCGAGAUGUUUUUAUUGAUAAAGUCAACAAUAUUUGGGCACGUAUAUAUGUUCCAAAAUGUAACGAUUAUGAAAAAUGUAACAAGUUUCCACUUAUGAUUUACUUUCAUGGAGGUGGGUUUUGUGUUGGUUCAACUUCAUGGAAAUGUUAUCACAACUUCCUUGGUAAAUUAUCAUCUAAAACACGGUGUUUGAUCGUGUCGGUAAAUUACCGUUUAGCCCCUGAGGACCGCCUCCCGGCGGCCUAUGAAGAUGGAAUGAAGGCCCUGAUUUGGGUAAAACAACAAGCUAUGAUGAGUCAAUAUAGUGAAUUUUGGGCAAAAUAUUGUGACUUUUCUAGCAUAUUUUUGGGUGGGGAUAGUUCUGGUGCAAAUUUGGCAUAUAAUGUGGCCUUAAAACUUGGUACAUCUGAUAUAAGUCCCCUACCUGUUAAGGGAAUUAUCUUAAUACAACCAUUUUUCGGAGGUGAAGAGAGGACUAACUCCGAGUUAAUUAAGGUACAAUCGCGUAAAUCAAAAUUGAGUCUAGUGGCAUCUGAUACGUAUUGGCGAUUAGCAUUGCCCUCGGGGGCGGACCGAGACCAUCCAUGGUGCAAUCCACUAGGGAAUGGUACAAGAAAAUUGGAGAAUAUGAAGGUUAUAAUAUGUGUUGCUGAGAAAGAUAUACUAAAAGAUAGGAAUUUGGAAUUAUGCUCAGUUUUAGCUAAGAAUAUGGGCAACAAAGUAGAGCAUCUAAUUUCUGAAGGUGUGGGACAUGCAUUUCAUGUUUUGGAUGACUCCCAAUUCUCAAAAAAUCGUAAGAAGGAAAUGGUUUCUCAUAUUGUGGACUUCAUUAACCAAAAAUAGAUAUUUAACUCAGCAAUUAUUGUUAGGAGUAGAAUUUACAUAAAUUUAAGGGUAGAAAUUUUUUUAUUACAAUAUUUAUAUUUUUCAAUUGUAUUGUAUAGAACUUUGUAGAGUUAUUGAAAUAUAAAUAACUAUGCACACGAUGUCCCUUAGACAUAAUGUUAAGCUACUAUUUUAUACACCAAAUAAGCUUUGUAAUACUAAUACUUGUACUAUUUUAUAGGCUACUACGGAGUAUCUUAUUUUUACAUAUACUCUA